AUGAAGGAGUAGAUGUCCGAUACAUCUUCAAAUGGGGAUGAUAGACAUCGUAGAGAGAGAGAUAGAGAACCAAACACAAACUAAUUCAAGAAAAGAUAAAGAAAAGUAGAAAGAGAGAGAGGGGAGGAUGACGGGGAGCUGCAGGAGAGAGAAAAGUCUCUGCAAAAGAGCUUUUUGACUCUCUCUCCCUCUCUCUCUCUCCCUCUUCCCAUGGCGGAUUCACACCUUCAUGUUUCUUUUUCCUUUUCACAUCCCGUAUUCAUAUUCUUUUUCAUGCUUGAACAGCCUUGCUUUUGACCACAUAUUCUGUCAUCCUAUCCAGAAAUCAGAAGAAGAAAAUAUAUACUCAAGGAGUAUAUAAUCUUUCUCUGAGUAAUGGGAAACUGCUGUGUGACCCCCUCUUCUUCUUCUUCUACUGAGAAGAAGAAAAAGAAGAAUAAGCCAAAUCCAUAUUCAAUUGAAUACGGUGCAAAUCAGGGAUCUGGGGGUACAGACAAGCUUGUGGUAUUGAAAGAUCCAACGGGCCACAACAUUAACGAGAGAUAUGAUCUUGGUCGAGAGCUCGGAAGAGGUGAAUUUGGGGUUACCUAUUUGUGCACCGAUGUCGAGACUGGAGAGAAAUUCGCCUGCAAAUCGAUAUCGAAGAAGAAGCUUAGGACUGCAGUGGAUAUUGAAGAUGUGAGGAGGGAAGUUGAGAUCAUGAAGCAUAUGCCUAAGCACCCGAAUAUUGUGAGCUUGAAGGACACUUUUGAAGAUGAUAGUGCAGUACAUAUUGUCAUGGAACUGUGUGAAGGUGGGGAACUGUUUGAUCGAAUUGUUGCGAGGGGACAUUAUACUGAACGAGCAGCAGCAGUUGUUAUGAGGACAAUUAUGGAAGUUGUUCAGAUGUGCCACCGGCAUGGGGUGAUGCAUCGUGAUCUUAAACCAGAAAAUUUUCUUUUCGCAAAUAAGAAAGAAACAUCUCCCCUGAAAGCAAUUGACUUUGGACUGUCUGUUUUCUUCAAACCUGGUGAGCAUUUCAAUGAGAUUGUUGGAAGCCCUUACUACAUGGCUCCGGAGGUUCUAAAACGAAACUAUGGACCAGAAAUUGAUGUUUGGAGUGCCGGAGUCAUCCUUUACAUUCUGCUUUGUGGUGUUCCUCCUUUUUGGGCAGAAACCGAGCAAGGAGUGGCUCAAGCAAUUAUCCGAUCUGUAAUUGAUUUUAAGCGAGAUCCUUGGCCUAGAGUUUCCGAUAAUGCAAAAGAUCUUGUAAAGAAAAUGCUUGAUCCUGACCCGAGUCGGCGUCUAACAGCUCACCAAGUCCUUGAACACCCUUGGUUACAAAAUGCAAAGAAGGCACCAAACGUCUCACUGGGUGAGACCGUGAAAGCAAGGCUCAAACAGUUCUCUGUGAUGAAUAAGCUCAAGAAAAGGGCUCUAAGGGUAGUGGCUGAUCAUUUGUCUGUUGAGGAAGUGGCUGGAAUUAAGGAAGCAUUUGAUAUGAUGGACUCUGGAAAGAAGGGUAAAGUUAACCUCGAAGAAUUUAGAAUUGGUCUACACAAGCUCGGCCAUCAGAUACCUGAUGCGGAUAUUCAGAUUCUAAUGGAAGCUGCUGAUGUCGAUGGAGAUGGAACUCUGAAUUAUGGGGAGUUCGUUGCUGUUUCUGUGCAUCUCAGGAAGAUGGCCAAUGACGAGCACCUACACAAAGCUUUCUCCUUCUUUGAUCGCAACGAGAGUGGAUAUAUAGAGAUGGAAGAGCUCCGAGCUGCUUUGAGUGAUGAGGAAGAUGCCAACAAUGAGGAAGUCAUCAUUGCUAUCAUGCACGAUGUUGAUACAGAUAAGGACGGCCGUAUAAGUUAUGAAGAAUUCGCUACAAUGAUGAAAGCUGGCACAGAUUGGAGAAAGGCGUCAAGACAGUACUCUCGCGAGAGAUUCAACAGUCUUAGCUUGAAGCUGAUGAGGGACGGGUCGUUAAAGUUAGCUAACGAAGGUAGAUAAUAAAACUGCU